GCUGCUACGAUUUCCGGUUCCGCUUGUCCGCCCCCAGAGUUGCUCCCUAAGCAACAGCAGAAGGAAAAUUGGACACAAUGAUUGAGGAAAAUGGUCCUUCGGCACAUGAGCAACGUGAAGUGUCCUCCUCUUCCCAGGCCAGACAGAAACUUGAGGGGCUCCUAAACAAGAACAUGAGGAUCCGCAUGACAGACGGACGGACACUGGUGGGUCUCUUUCUCUGCACAGAUCGGGACUGCAAUGUGAUCCUGGGCUCGGCUCAGGAGUUCCUCAAAUCCUCAGACACUUUCUCCCAGGGUGAACCCAGAGUCCUGGGCCUGGCCAUGAUCCCCGGUCACCAUGUGGUAUCCAUCGAGGUGGAGGCCGACAGCCUGGAGGACGCAGAUGGGUUUGGAGCCAACCACUGACGAAGAGCUGUCCAUUUCUUUUUUUUGUUUGUUUUUUUACUCGACAUUCAUGUGACUGUUUUCCUGUCGAGGCCUGUGUCUGGAAAAGAUCGAACAGUUCUUGGAGGAGUUUUAACUGUUUUUGCAGCUGAAACGGAACCUCCGGGCCGGCGCUCUGGAUUUAUCCAUUUCCCUGAGAAUGAACGAAACCCGUUAGCAGCGAGCGGGCUGAAUGCGUUUCCGACAUGUUUCGUGGAAAUAUGUGGGAUUCAAGUUUAUGUAUUUUGUUAGUGUUUUUAAAAUAAAUUGAUCUGUUAGAUCUUUUGUUUCUGAUCCUAAA